UAAUCUUACCCUCGUGUAUAGUGCUAAUGAGUUUUACAAUGUGUUUCUUAUUACAUGCAGCAGUAGCUGUUGAAAGGUGUAACGCGAAUGGUUACAAAGUACCCCAGAAGUGUAAUGGGGAUGGAGAAUUUUGCUUGUCUCACAACGGUGCGCCUAUAGAAUCAGGAAAGUUCGAAUUUGGAAGUCUAAUGAUGGCAACGAUCGGAUGCCAUUAUAGAAUGGACCCUGCAAAAUAUCCUCAUAAAAUAACAGUGGAUUUAACUUUUAAAAGUGAACUAAAUGAAGUGCUGUUAAAAGGAGCUCAUGAUUGUAGAAAUCUGAUGAAACCUAUACAUUUGUCUCCAGACAUUAACAACAGAAAUUUAACUUGUGAGGCCGUAGUUAGAUACACAUCGAUACUAAAAGACACAAAAACAAAAACAAUAACAUUUAAAUACGAACCGCCUACAACCCCACCAUCACUAACAACAAUACCAACAUUACCAACGAAGAUACAAACAACGGCGGCAACGAUUCCCACAACUUCACCAACCACAACACAAAAAACAACGCCAACAACAAAGUCAUCAACAACAGUGCCAACAACAACAACGUCUGUAACAACGGCCAAAACAACAACGCCAUCAACAAAGUCAUCAAUAACAACAACGUUUGUAACAAUGGCCCAAAAAACAAUGACGCCAGCAAGCAUAACCCCAACAAGAAUAACGCUACCAACAGCGACAACAAACGCGUUAGCAAUAAUGCCAACCCCAACAACAAUAACAACCGAAAGUAUUUCAACGAAUAAUGCAGUUGGAGACAAAGACACCACAAACAGCAAAGAAGAUAACAAAAAUGACGGAGAAGAUACCAAAAAUAGUCAAGAAUUUUACAAAAACGUUGAAAAUAACAACCAAAGCUAUGGAGAAGUAAACCCAAACGACCAAGAAGUUAUCGAACCGUUUCUAAAGAAACACUGGAUCCCGUUAACGUCUGGUUUCGUACUGCUUUGUGUAGUAAUAGUUUCAAUUGUGGUUACGUGUACAGUUAUAAGAACCAGAAAAACGCAAAAAGAGGACAAAUCACAUCUAAACUCAAAUGGGUCAAGAAACGAUUUAGACGUCACACAUUCUCCACCUGGUCGAAACGAAGCGCGCACAGAACCUAAAAUUAACGAUUAUUAUUCUGAUAUCAACUACGAUUAUCCUAGCCCAGAAGUAUACAGCGACCCAUACAUGGCGAUGUACAGUCAACCUCUACCCAAAUGUGUUAGACCACCACCUAAAAUAACACCAAAUCCUAAACCCAAGCCUAAACCGAGUUAUCGAAAUUAUUCUAAUUCGACUCACCGCGACUACAACGGGUACAGUGAAUUGAACAAGCCAUCAACUUACAAUAAUAUUGUCAAGAAUACCGGUACAAUGUACAGAAACACCGGUAAGACUCACAAGAAUAUGGAAAGCGUUCAGUUUUACGAUAACAUGGCAGCGAGUUAUUCUAAUACGGCCAAACGGAUAUGUCCUGAUGUCAAUAGUGAGCCUGCUUUGUAUGAGGUACCGUCCUAAAA